CCCCUUCAGAUCACGACGGUUGUCUUGGGAGAGCAGGCUCUGACGGGAGCAAGAAUGCUCAGGAUGCCCAACUGCCUGCUAAAACUGACCAGGGUGGUGCUGAGCCACAAGCUCAGGGCUCUGUUUAUCCUCGCCUUUAAGUUCAUGUCCUUUGCCUCCAUCAUGUUAUACUGGAGAAUCGCAGAGCACCCUAAGGGCAGAGGCCAGCUCUACAGCUCGCCUGCUGAAAUCCGCUGUGCUCACUCUGUGCCUUCUCCUCCCCAUCCCACUGCCGGUGAGCCCCCUCCUUCCCCAGGGGAUGUGUUUUUUGUGGAGACCUCGGAGCGAACUAACCCAAGUUACCUGUUCAUGUGCUCCGUGGAGUCAGCGGCCCGGACGCACCCUGAGACAAGGGUCGUGGUGCUCAUGAAAGGUUUGGCAAGUGGUAACGCCUCGUUACCCAACAACUGGGCAUUCUCAUUGCUGAGCUGCUUCCCCAACGUGGAAGUCCGGCCCCUGGACUUGACAGAGCUGUUCUCUGGCACACCUCUGGCAAAGUGGUACUUGCAGGCUCAGCAGCGCUGGGAGCCUUAUUUCUUACCUGUCCUGUCUGAUGCCUGCAGAAUUGCCAUCAUGUGGAAAUUUGGUGGCAUCUACCUGGAUACAGACUUCAUUGUGCUUAAGAACUUAAAGAACCUCACCAAUGUGCUUGGUACCCAGUCCAAGUAUGUUCUGAACGGAGCCUUUCUGUCCUUUAAGCCCAAACACAAGUUCAUGGAGCUUUGCAUGCAGGACUUUGUGGAUAACUACAACAGCUGGAUCUGGGGCCAUCAGGGCCCACAGCUCCUAACACGUGUCUUCAAGAAGUGGUGCUCCAUCAGGAGUCUUCGGAGCAGUACGAGCUGCAAAGGAGUGCGUGCUCUGCCCCGUGAGGCUUUUUAUCCCAUUCGGUGGCAGGACUGGAAGAAAUACUUUGAAGUGGUCAACUCUUCGGAGCUUCACCACCUCUUUAAUAACACCUAUGCAGUGCAUGUAUGGAACAAGAAGAGCCAAGGGACCAGGCUAGAGAUCACAUCCCAGGCUUUGCUGGCUCAGCUACAUUCUCACUUCUGCCCUGCCACAUAUGAUAUCAUGAAGAAGGACUCUGAACGGCAGUGACUCAAGGGUCAGCUAAGAGAUGUUGCCUGGGAGCCCAGAAGUCUCCAGCUGUUCCAUCGCAAAUGAACCUUCUUUUGAAGUGAGGUGGUGAGAGUUGAGGAUGAAAGCCAUUUGUGGGACGUAGGUGGAGCCUGUAGCUUCAGCUGAUGUCUGUGCAGCUCUUUGUCUUGACUUUAGCUCCCUACCAGCAACGUUUCGUUUCUCUGCAGGACCUUUCUACUGCUCUGCUUGGUCAGGUAGAGAAAUUUCAGGAGGGGAGCAAGUGCUGGGCCACUUGUGGCAGCCUCCAUCAGCCUUUCAGAGGAGUAAGGCCCCUUUCUAUGACUGUAAACCUUGAAGAGGCCUUUGUAGAAAUGCAUAUCUCAUCACCUGAUUCUCAGGGCUUCUGAAGUGCAGUCCUCAAAGCAACAAAAGGAUGGGAGAGCAAAGAACAGGAACUGAGGAGGAAGUUAAGGAUGUGCUAGAGGAGGUGUCCUGCGAAAAAAGUAGAGGAAAACAGAGAAGAAAGAAAGGGCAAAAGCAACUUCUUUUUCUUUUCAUUCCCUUCUCUUCUGAAGCCUUUGGUGGAGGAGACUUUCUCAUGUCUGGUUUCAGGAGGGAGCAGGAUGUUGCAGUCUCUGUUCAAUGUCAUAGAUCUAAAGACAUGGAAAUUUGGUGUGAAUCCGAACAGGAGGAUCUGAGGCCAACUCAUCGUUUAGAAGGAGCUUUUGCACAGCAAUGAUUUAUUUUAUAGUAGUGGCAAAUUAACACCCUACAAUGAGCAGGAGAGCUCAUCCAAAUCACACCUCACAUUGCACCUGACGCAGGAAGAGCUGAACUGUCUUUUACACUGAGUUUGUCUCUGUGACCAAAUAUCCAUAACUGCGUCUAAGAUGCACCAGAUCUUUCAGCACUUGGAUGGAUCCUAAAGGAAAGUCAUGAUAUUUCCAAGUAUUUCCAAGGUUACAGAGAGCUUGGUAGGGAACCUGUACUGUCUAAAUUCAAGUCCAUUUAUGAGUCGUUUAUGGUGGACCUCUUCAAGUAGCCUGGAGUACUCUUGCAAUUCACUGUCCAGGAGUACAAAUCUCUCCUGGGAGGUCUUGAGGAGGGCAGUGGAAAGCUUUACCCUGAGCAUCUUCCUGAAUUGCAUUGGAGAAAGUUAACAUAUCUCUUGCAAGGUGCUGUUGUGCCUUUGAGGGUUCCUACCACAGAGGCGAGUUUGUUGGACAAACUGUGGGAGAAAACUCGUCCCUUGCCUUGAUGCCCAAAAGGAUGUAUUUAUGCUCUUACAGUUCUUGUUGGAAAAUAAUGGAGAAAGAGCAGCGAGAAACAAGAAUGGUUGAGAUGGUCAAGACCAUCAGCGUUGUUACAUCUGGUUCCCACCACAAUCUAAAGGGGAUUGCUGAGGCACAUGAGCUUGGCACUAUGAUAGAGUUAAUGCAGAUGUGCAGAGCAUUGACCUUCUCCUCUCCUACACUACUAAGAGAUUAUGAUCUCACUGUAAAAUCUUUUCUGCCUCCAGUGUGCCUCCUCUUCUUAUGCUUGGGAACAGCAGUGGGGUGGUCCAAUGGUCCCUUUCAUGAGCACAACUUGGUCAGAUCUUCAGUGUCACCUUGCCCCAAAGUGACAGCUCUUUCACGUGAUGCUUCCUGCAAGUCCUCUGAGUGUGACUCAAAUGAUUUCUAGAUCUGCAGUUGUCUGAGGCCUCUUCUGUUUCCUAGGUCAACCAUAAGCAGUGUGAGGUUUGCUCAGUUCAGCCAAGGCAGUGGUCAAAAAUGUGAAAGACUGUGCAUAAAUUUCUGUCUUGGGUUUAUUUGUCUCUUCUUUGAUGACAAAAAUAAGAAAGACAAAUUGCCUAUCACUUUUACAGUUCCCUGUCCCUCAGGGACAUGGCCGUGGGAACUUGAGGAGGGUGUGCACUUUUUUUUUUUUUUUUUUUUUUUUUGGUGGAGGCCAGUGCUGCUUUGAUUGAAAGGUACCUGCCUGUGAGUUGGGCAGGGUGUGAGGUCUGUGCACAAGUAGCUACUCUGGAGUGAAGAAGGUGCUGGAAACACCCCUGCAGCAGCUGGCACCACAUGCGUGUAUGUUUGUAGUUCUGCCCCUCUGUUCCGCUCAGCUUUAUGGUAUAUCCUGGAGGCAUUCAGGAUUUUGAAUGUCUGCAGCUCUCCCAACACUGAACAUCUUUAAGAGCAAAGACUUCGUAGGGAAACGGCAGAUCCUCCUGACUGUAUAAGCAUUCUUCAACACACUAAGUGGUAUAAAUGGAUGUUCUUUUCACUCCCUACUCUCGCUGUCACUACUCUGUGGGGGUUUUUUCACGGCUUGCUUUAGAAGCAGCCGCAAAAUUGUCAGCCCUGGCCUAGUGUGUGGUCAGUGAGGCAUGGUUUCUCCUUUUACUGGUUCCUUCUGUUUUGGGCCCUUUGGGCUAAACAACAGAAAUCCUAGUGAGCUAGGAGCCCCUGUCAGAGAUGGUAAAAUGGUGGUUGGUGAUCAUAAAGGCAUCACAGGGGACUCCACUGUGGCAAUACCAUGAACUGAUUAUGGGAUUGUUUGGGACCCACUGCAAUGAGUAUCUGGCUUAAUGUACCACUGCUUAUUCUAGGAAAGUGCCUUUUUGGGUGAGUGGAGUGAUUUUGUUGUUGUUUUUCUUUGUUUUUGUCAAUGUUCCAAGGUUUGAUAAGGAGAGAAUCAAACCAAAGCAGCCUUUGGCCUUUUUCCCUUUGUCUUGUGAAAGAAAAAUAAAUACAGUUUUUACUAUUA